GAACCAGCAAAUCUAGUAACUUUCUCUUCUCUCUCUGAGCGCAUAGGCUGGAAAAAAUGGUGCUUGCUUCUUCCCCUAGUAAAAUACUAAUUGGUCUGUCGUUAGACCGUGAUGAUAGCAGAGAACUUCUCUCAUGGGCUGUUAGAGUUCUAGCCAAUCCGAAUGACACCAUUGUCGCACUCCAUGUACUUGUUUCUAAGGAUAAGAAGAAAAGGAAGAAGAAGCGUGCUUCAAUGACAAGAAGGCAGUCACAACUUCGGCAGGCUAAAGCCUGUGUCAUAUCUGUGCUUGGUGAAUUUGCAAAGGCUUGUUGGUCUAAGCAGGUGAAUCUGGAAGCCAAAGUGGCAUUCAGUUCCAAUGUAGGUGAAGGUUUAGUUGAAGAAGCCAAGUCCAUAUCUGCUGAAUUUCUUCUUCUUCGUGGUUCUAGAAACCAGUCUAGCAAGAAUCAGGCAUGUAAUGGAAUUACCAAGUAUUGCUUUCAGAAUGUCCACGAAAGCUGCACCAUUGUCUCUGUUGGGAAAAGCUCAAAAGCCAGUUUUACAAGCCCCGAAGCAGAUAAUUAUGAAUCAAGCUCAGGGUGGUUUAAGGAGGAUAAACAAAGUGACAGACGAGAAUCCCCUGUUUUGAAUGCUUUUAUCUCAGACUCUAGGACUCAAACACGUUCACCAAGAACAGUAUUGGACGCAUUUGAGGGUCAAUCUAACAGCACAGAAGAUGACACCUUCAGUACAAGGGUCUCAAGCAUCACGGACACUCCAUCAAUGGCUUCGAAAAUGAAAAGCAAAUCCAAUUUUAGGAAACCACAGUCCCCAUUCAGACUCAUAGCCUCACUGCUUGCCUCACCAUUAAGAAGGAAAAACUCCAAAAAGUCCCAAAAUGAAAAGAGACAACCUUUGUUAAAAUGCUUCAGCUAUGAGGAGAUCUCCACCGCCACAAAUGGCUUCCAUCAAGAUAAUUUGGUGGGACGUGGUGGAUACUCUGAAGUAUACAGAGGAGAUCUUUCUGAUGGACAAAGCAUUGCAGUGAAAAGGUUGUCUAAGGACAAAAAGGACGCGAACAAGGAAAAGGAGUUCCUCAUGGAAUUAGGAGUGAUUGGACAUGUCUGUCAUCCUAAUACUACAUCUUUAGUCGGAUGCUGCAUUGAAAAUGGACUCUACCUGGUUUUCAAGUACUCUCAAAAUGGAAACUUAGCCACUGCAUUGCAUGGUAAAUCAGGAACGUCACUUGACUGGGCAGUGAGAUACAAAGUUGCCAUUGGAGUAGCGAGGGGACUGCAUUAUCUUCACAAGUGCUGCAAACGCAGAAUAAUACAUCGCGACAUUAAAGCCUCCAACGUGCUUCUGGGUCCAGAUUAUGAACCACAGAUUACUGAUUUUGGGCUGGCAAAGUGGCUUCCGAACAAAUGGACUCACCACGCUGUAAUACCAGUGGAAGGCACGUUCGGGUACUUGGCACCAGAGUCCUUCAUGCAUGGAAUAGUGGAUGAGAAAACUGAUGUUUUUGCUUUUGGGAUUCUUCUUCUGGAGAUUGUAACUGGAAGAAGACCUGUUGAUUCCAAGAAACAGAACCUUCUCCUUUGGGCAAAGCCUCUGAUGGAAUCAGGGAACAUCAGGGAGCUAGCUGAUCCGAGAAUGGAAGGAGCAUAUGAUGAAGAGGAAUUGAACAGAGUAGUGCUCACAGCUUCAUACUGUGUGAGACAAUCUCCCCUUUGGCGUCCCCAAAUGAGCGAGGUAUUGGAACUGCUGAGCAGUGGGGAAGAUAGUGAGGCUGGGAAGAGCUGGAGGAUCCCAAAGUUGACAACAUCUGAAUCUGAUGAACUGGAUGAUUACUCGAUGGCUUUCGGAUAUGAAGUGCCUUCUGACAUAUAUCUGGAGGAGUUUUUGUGAGAGUGAGAACUAGUUUCAGAGUUUAACAUGGCAAGUCUUGGACAAGAGUCUAAAAUGGAGAUGAUGAUGAGAGGGUUUUUAUGUUUUGGUGAAUGUAGAGGCAGAGAGAUCAGAGGUUCUCAGCAGAAGAAAGGUUUUGCUUUUGGGAUGUUUUGUUAGCGUCAUAAACACUCGUCUAGUAAACAUGGAGACACUAUUUUGCUGCUAGUUAUGAUUAAAAAAAAUAAACCAUUAAUAAUUU